CUACAUUUUAAACAUGUUAUUUCAGUUUGCCAGGAAGCUCUGUCAUGUCCGCAUUUCCUGAAUUAUUUCUGUGCAGGUAAAUGUGACUGAACCAACCAGUUUAUGACGAGUGAUUUGUACCGAUCAGUUCUGUUUCUUUUUUUGAACGAAACCAGUUUAAAGUGCGUGCUGAAAUCGGACAUUGGCUGUUAUUUCUUUAAAAUGUAAUUUAUUUUGUCACAUGUUAUGCGGAGUUUGAUGUUUUACAUUGUGAAGAAUGUUUGAGGCGGUUUUCUUCUGUUUGUGUCUGUUGAUCGAGUUUAAAGGUGUGUUUGGUGUUGAUACAGAUGGAUUGAAGUCAGUGUCGGUGAUGGAGGGAGAUUCUGUCCCUCUACACACUGAUCUUACUGAAGUACAGAGAGAGGAUCACAUACUGUGGAUGUUUGGACCUCAAGAGACUCGUAUAGCUGAAAUCUAUAAACAUGACAUUGAUAUGCAUGAGAAUUAUGAGAUAUUUAGAGACAAACUGCAGUUGGAUGAUCAGACUGGAUCUCUCAUCAUCAGAAACAUCAGAAUCAAACACUCUGGACUUUAUAAACUACAGAUCAUCAGUAACAGAGGAAACUCACACAAGAGAUUCAAUGUUACUGUAUACGCUCAUCUGCCUGUUCCUGUCAUUAUCAAUAACUCUUCAAUCUGUUCAUCAUCAUCAUCAUCAUCAUCAGGAAGAUCAUCGAGCCCAAAAUGUGUCUUUCAAUGUUCAGUGGUGACUGUGACACAUGUGACUCUCUCCUGGUACAAAGGAAACAGUUUAUUGUCCUCCAUCAGUGUGUCUGAUCUCAACAGCAGUCUCUCUCUACCUCUGGAGGUGGAAUAUCAGGAGAACAACAUCUACAGCUGUGUGAUCAACAAUCCCAUCAGAAACCAGACUAAACAUCUCAACAUUACUGAAGUCUGUCAGAUGUGUUCAGACACUCGUCUGCAUAUAUUUCUGAGUAUAGUGGCUAUAAUAAUAGUGCUGUUGUUUACGGCUCUGGUUUGGAGAAUAUGUGUCAGCAAGAAACACAAGAUAUCAAAACAAGAAGCCCAAACUCAAGAGGAAGAGAUCCAUUAUUCAACGAUAACUUUCUGUCCACAAAGUCUCCAACAUGAGAAGUCUGAUGAAGCAGAUAACAUCGUGUACUCGAGGAUUGUGACAUAAUAUGAGGAUCUGACGGUCUGUCAGCUGCACAGGGUCGAGUACACAUGAUUUAUGCAUCAGCUGUCACCCCGCAGCUCUUGGUUGGGUGAUCGCUGAAGAUAAAACUGAUUUGGGACUGGUUAGUAUCUGGAUUGGAAAGCUUCAAAACAAAGGUUGCUGCUGGAAGAGAUGUUGGCCGGCCAGCAGGGGGUGCUCGUCCUGUGUUCUGCAGUACUGUGAGGGCAACUUUGACAUGAAUAGGAAUGCUAACGGGUAACACUUCAUGUAUUAUCGGCCAGUUUAGUGACAGACACAAUACUAUAAAACUAACAUACUGACUCUCUCAGGGGGAUUCUGGAAAAGUGUGUUUCUAUUUCAGUGCGGGCAUUUUCUUACAAGAUUGAAUUUAACCCUUGUGUGUCGAUAAAAAAGUUACUCAGAGGUCCUUAUUUUCCAUAUACUAAAUGCUAAGGGUAUUUUUUUUUUAUUAUCACAGUCUGGGAUAUGUCAAUGAUUAGAAACAAUAUUGAUUUUGAUGCAUUAUUAUUUUUUGUGCAAAAAACUCACUCAUGACCUUAAUGUCUGUGUCAUCAGUCCUGAUCAUAACUACCAAAUAUUCAUUCAUUUACAGGAUUUUAACCCUUUAAAUGCCAGUUUUUUUUAAAUAUAUAAUAUCACUGUUGUUUUACACACACACACACACACACACACACACACACACACACACACACACACACACACACACACACACACACACACGUUGGUGCAGCUAUCAUUAUGAGGACUCUCCAUAGACCUAAACCUAAUCCUCACAAAAAACGUUCCGUAUUUUUACAUUUUCAAUAAAACAUUGUUUAAUAUGUUUUUUUUUUAAGCCAUUUGAAUUAUGGGGACACUAGAAAUGUCCUCAAAAAGCACAUUUAUAGCAUAAUUGUUCCCUUGUAAUGACCAGUUUGUAACCUAAAAAAAGUCCUCAUAAACCACUUAACCCUGCCCACACACACACACACACACACACACACAUUUCUCAAUACACAAUCAUAAAAAACACACUCUGACAUCCACAUCAACACACACACACACACACACACACACACACAAUUUUAGCUGCAUCAUUUAUUCAGUUGUCCUGCAGGUCUCUAUAAUACAGUAAACAGAAAAUAGGGGAAAAGCUUGUAUUUGCUCCACAGGCUAAACAUGAGAAAAAUGGCGCCACCUGGUGGAAAAAUAAAUAAUCAAAAUGUUUAAAUCAGGGCUUCAGAAUAAAAGCAUAAUAUCACAGAAUUCAUGAUUUUAUGCUUUAAUGGCUCUAGGAUCAAAUAUUGUUUUAAUGGGUUUCAAUGAAGACAUUUGUGUCCUGAAGGUCCCGAGUGUGACUAUAUUGUGUCCUCAGUAUGUUAUAGAUGUAUUAGAGGAACUGAGGUUGAAAUAUCAAAAUUCCCCAAAAAUACACAUGCCGUUGGCAUUAACAGCCAAAAUGAUCAAAAGACUUCCGGAAGGUCGCACAAGGGUUAAUGCACGUCACUGUCUACUAGUGAAUCGAAAAUGUUUUAACCUUUUAUUGGGACGGAUUAUUCUUAAAGUGUACAUUUGAUAUAUUUUGUGUGUAAAUAGUAUCAAGCUGCAGAUAUUGUUCAUGAAUUAUAAUGUUAUUUCCUCAAAUGAUUUGUAAAUGGAUUUAUGCAAUUAUGCAGCUGAUCUUGAGCUGUUUGUUGCUUUUCUUAUUCAACAUCUCACAGUCUGUUGCCUCACACUUGAUAUUCACAGAUUUCACUUUGUGUCUGAACUGACACGUGCAUUUUGUCCGCUUCAUUUAUUGUCCAAUCAUUUUCUCCUUUAUAUGAUGUUUAUUUAAAUAUAAUGUUUGGAUCUGUUUUGAUUAUUUGUUUAUGUGCACUCAGGAUUUCAAAUAUCUUUCUUUAUUUAAUGUGAAUAAUCUGUAAUCCAGUUACUUGACUGAUCAUGUUCAGAUUAUAUUUUUAUAUCAGAAUAUAUUUUUGGA